AUGUUGAGCCUGGUGCACGCCGUUGGCGAUGGGGAAGAGGAGUUGCUGCAGCAGUCGCUGCGGGAGGAGGCGCCCCUCUCCAAGCUCGGCCUGAUGGCGCUGGGAGGGGGCGUCAUCAUGCUGAGCGCGCUGCUGGUCUCGAACUUGGCGGGGCAGGAUCCAUGGGGCGGCGCGACGCUUUCAGUCAGCAGCCUCCAGGCCGCCGCCGCCGGCGCGGCGCUCGCGCUGCCGCUCGUCUGGUUCCGGCUGCACAUCUGGUCCCCGGGCGCGGCCGACGCGCUGCCCGCGCUCGCGGACAUGCACAGGCAGAUGGAGUCCGAGGCGGAGCCCUGGCUCUGCCGCUUCGACCGCGGCCACCUCUUGGCCCAUGCGGCGCUCGAGGUGCUGCCCAUGACGAUGCUGCUGCUGCCCGCGGCCCAGGGCGGCCUCUGCGCGGGCUUCAACCUUUACUCGUCGCUGCUGCAGCAGGCGCUCUUCGCGUCCCCGGUGGCCGCGGCGGCGUCAGCGUCGGCGGCGGCGUCCGCGUCGGCGGGGUCGGCGAUGCCGGAGGGGCUGGGGGCGGUGCUUGCGGUGCUGAUCACCGCGACGGCCGCGGGCGUGGUGCACAGCCUCAACUCGGUGGGGGACGAGGAGGAGGUGGAGGUCGUGAGGGAUGCCGUGCAAAAUGCGGACAGGUACUACCGGCUGACAGCAAUGGAGGUUGGCAGCACCGCCGCCGACGCGGCACGCGCCUCGACCGCGUUCAAGGCCGUCGCGGUCAGCUGGAUGGAGGCGCGGGAGGAUGCGUCGUCGCUGGCGGGCUCGGUUGCGUUCUUGGACGUCGUCUGCAUUUCGGCGAUCUGGCAUUUGACCGGCGACCUGGCCGCCGCGGCAACCGCGGCGCUGGCGGUGGCGGCGGUGGAUUAUCACUACUUGCACGACGCUGCGCUGCGCGGCGGUGCGCGGCGCGGCGGCGGCAAGGCUGCAAAGUCGACCGGCGAGUCGCGGUGA